CACCAUUAACUGUUAUUGCCUGACCAGCCGCAUUUUCGAAGAAAAAUGAUCCGAUGAUGCCUCCAGUCCAAAAUCCGCACCAAACAGUGUGGCACAUUGUGGAUGCAUUUGUUUCUCAACAAUAACUCGUGAAUUUUCUGAACCCCAAAUGCGACAAUUUUGUCGAUUAAAUGUACGAAAAUUGCGAACUGUAGCUGCCAAACUUUCAUUAUUUUUAAAAUAUUGCUCAACGAUGAAAACGCGUUGUUCUUUCGUGUUUCGGAGCACUCCACCAUUUUAAAAACCCUGAACUGUCAGCCGUCGCGCUGUCUUUUUUUUCGUUGGCAACGCUUUACCAACACAAAUGGCGCAAAAUUCAAAUCUUGCGUGAAUUUUGGGACACCCUUUAUUUCGAGUGCAUACGCAAGAUGUUAUAAUAAUAAUAAUAAUAAUUAUAAUAAUUACGAUAAAAUAACCACCGGUAUCAAGGACGCACGAAAGCGUCGUCGGAGUCAUUUUCAACAGCAUCGCCGUGCCGAGGAAACAAAUCGCGCAAAUUACUCGUCCGGAUGACACAUGUUUUGCAUAGUUUACACGUAGACUUAGACUCUGUCGAUGUUUAUGCAUAGUAUACCCGGCAGCUAGCUCGUGAAUAACAAAUCGCGUAAGCAACCGUGCGUUUGAACGCGAGUACACACACAUACACACAUACACACGAGCAUGUGCACGCGCGCGUCCCGUACAGUUUGAAAUUAUUUUCCAACUGGCGCCGUCUUGAAGGAGACUUCGGUUAAUACUUGUAACGCGUGUCGGACGCGUGCGAACGGCAGGAGCGCGUAUCGAAGCAUCACUGACGACGAAUAUUCUUGUACUUGCUCAUAUCAUCGAGUACGCACGUCGCACAUUUUCAUGAGUGUCAACGUUGAAUCCGACCCGGCGAAGUGUCACUGGCUGCAACAAAUUAUCGUUGCUCGGUAAUUUUAUCACUGCGAGUACGGAAAUUACCGAGCGAACAGGAAUUUCUCCCUGGCCAGUUUAUCGCGAAAAUUAAAAGUAAGCAACAAUGAUUCACCGCUGGCUAGUUUAUUAGGAAAUUAAAAUUAAAACUCGCAGGAAAAGAUUCUGCGGUGAGACAACUAGGAAUCUUCUGCCGCAUGAGGCUCGAUUGCAAUAACGGAAAAUUCGUUUUCGCGAGCCGAGGAACCAUUCGCGUCAACCAUUGCUUUCGAAGGAACUAAAAUUGUCCGUCUUGAAAAUGUAGUUACCGCUGCGGAGUAUUCGGCUAUUUUCGCAGAAGUGGAACGGGGGCAUCCCAAUUCGACACAGUACGAUUGGACACAGCCAAUCAAAUUAGUUAGGUUGGGAUUAAUUUAGGUUAAAUUUGAAAAAUAUUGGUUGUGUCUAAUUGUAACAUGGUCGAUCGGAUCCCACCCAGUGGAACUGCAUCGUAUAUGCAGGAUGACCCAUUUUCAAGUUCCCAUUGAGAUAUCCCAUUUAAGAAAAAAUAUUCUGAACAAAAGUCGUUCAAAUUAAUUGGUAGAAAAAGAUGAUGUAAUAAAAAUUUGGGGCUCCCAUUUAAAAAAAGAAAAGGGACGAUUAAUGAAUACCUCGAAAGUGGCGCCAUUUGUAAACAAAAUGGUAUCGCUGUCUUAUGUUCCUCUUUAAACCAAGCAACUUUUGUCCAAAACAUUUUUUCCUUAAGUAUUUUCCUAAAGAGAUUCUAGUGGAGACUUUAAAAUGGGACACCCUGUAUACAUAGAAAUGAAAUCUCAGUUAUCGCGAGACCGAAAAGGUUCGUUUGCAGAAAUUGAACGACGCGCUACCAAUGACGCGAUUUUCAACCAAGCCGCGCGAGCACCCCCCCCCCGUGUGAGGAACAAAAUUUGACAUUAACCUUUAGAAGCUACCAUGUAAUUUCAUCUUAUGCGAAUUUUUGAUCUUGUUAAAAGUCGUAGCCGUGUUGACAGUACUCAUUUUCUAGAUUACAGAAGAGAACUUAAGGUGAUAUUUGAUGGUGUAGCUUUUAAGGGUUAAUAACCGAAUAUAUUUCUGGGAUAACAGAAACCCCCUAACGGAACUUCACUCGUGCUGCCGAAUUUUCAGUUGAUUCCUGAGGAACAGAAGGAUUUCGGUUCUAGUGACUGAAAUUCAGUUACAUCAGCCGAAUAGUUGCUGCGUGUGCUUAGCAAUUUAGCACUCGUAUGAGUAAUAAAAUUGCCGAGCAACGAUCAUUUAUCCGAUCUAUUACAACCAGUAACACUUUUCUAUAAGGGGUGAACAGGUGCGAACGCAUGGAAACCAAUCGCUCAAAGUUGCUCUCGGCAUCUCAGUGGACUCGUAUGCUGCGCCGAAUAGUCUACUUUGUUCUCGAAGAAUUUGCUGAACUGGCGCAAAGAUCUGAGCAAGAUGUGCUUAUCUCACUUUGAUUUGAUGCAACAGCUGAGGAAGUUCCUCGAGAAAGGACGGACCUAAAAUUCGAUCUCGGUACUGCAACUUUUCUGAGAGACGAUAACUUUGUCGCACAGCGAGGAAGCUCUGUACUAGCUUGCCCAACUAGAACAAUACUCGUUCCAGAUAUCUGGAGGGCAGGGAGGAAACUAUUUUGCGGCUAGUGUAAAUUUUCCUACUGUAAAGUUCGAGAUACCCGAAGGAAGCGAUUGAGAUUAUGUCCACUAAACGUGGACUUUGGUACGAAUGUAAAGUUUGCACGCUAACUUACCCUGCUAAGUUCUAGUCUCCGAAUCUUGAGACUUGGAUUUUCGGGUCCACUGAGUCUGGCUCGCUUAUCAUCACCAGGGAUCUGGAUCGAAAAAAAAUUUCGGUCCGGUUACAGUUAUGAUAUUUCGUAACAGUUCUCAAUUUUGGUUUAGAUCCGGAUAGGCAUAACGGGAACUAGAAUAACUAAAAAUAACGGUUUUUUCGGUUUCGAUUGCGUUUUUUUCAAAAUUAUUUUUUAUAUAAAUAUUUAUUUUCUGUAAAUUACAAUAUUACGAUAUGUAAUAUACAAACGAAUUUUCUUCACAAAAAUAUUUAAGCGGCGUCAUUCUUUAUCAAUUUUAACCACCGUUAAUGGUUUCGAUUUGAUGUACUUGAUAUUGCUUCCUAUGGUUUUGAGAUUUUUGUGGUAACGUUGUAGCUAUCUGUUUCCAGCGGUCGUUUUGCUUGUUUCAUUUUCUGAGAUUGUGAUCACAAAAUAUGAAAUUAUCUAUUUUUAUUUUAUCCUUAUAGUUCAUAUAAUAAAAAAACUGCGCAAUGCCGGAACUGUCGGAACCACAGUAACGGAAUAGAGGCCCUGAACGUAACUAUUGUAGUACGUUGAUCGCGGUGUGAAUUUUCUAAUAAAUAAUCGACGGGAGCGACACAUGGGGUGUCGUAGAAACCGAAAAAGGACCGAAAACCGAAAAUACUUUUAUCGGACCGGUAUCGGUUUCGGUCUAUUUGAUAUUAUAAAAUUUCGGUACGGUUAUUCUUACGGUUUGAACAUAAAAAUCGGUUCCGAUACCGGUCCGGCCCGGAUCCCUGACCAUCACCCGAGAGAUUGCGCGAGUCACAUCCGUGGGGAUCUUCCCGAAAUGAAAAUAUCGAGUUUGUACAGACGGUGGUCGGCAGAGUGUAUUGAUUAACGAUGUAAAUAGGAGCGAUGAAAGAGAGAGAGAGAGAGAGAGAGAGAGAGAGAGAGAGCUGGAGUGCGCAGCGAGACGAUCGGUAGCGUCGACGAUCACGCCUUUGCGAAACAUCGGCGAGCAGAGGCUAUAUUUUUUAUAGGGAACGUGCAGGAGCGUGUGAGGGGCGAAUUCUCGCAAUUACGGUGCGAUAUGCGUGGAGGUCUACGGACGUUUACGUUUCCAGCGAGCGCGCUAGUUCGGGAUCGAAAGGAGAGUCUUUGGAACGUCGCAUAUCAUGUUACAUUGCAUUCGAGCCGCAUGCAUUAGUUGACAUCGUAUCUUAGAGCGAAAGACUCGUCGAAGCAUUUAUUUACGUAACAUUUACAGGGGCGAGAGAAAGAGAGGGGGGGAGAGAGAGAGAGAGAGAGAGAGCUACCUACGAUCACGUAGUUGCGGCGUAAUCGGAGCCAGGCGCAAGGCCGGCUAAUGGAAUUUAUUGUCGAGCUAUCGUGUGGUUUCAACAUGUGCCUUUCACUCGUGAAUUUGUGUGAAUCAUAUAUGUAAAUAUUGUAUGUUAAUGAUACAUGUUAAGAAAUAUAUUUGUAUAGAAUGAGAGUGGUUCCUAUAUAUGUACAUAUACGCGCAUACAUAACAGGUGUAUGCAAAAGUUGCAGUCUUUUCUUUCAACCCUCUAAUUAUUUUAAAUUGGAAUAUUCUCCCGCUGUUUUGCGUUUCUGGAAAGUUGGUAGUGAACUUUCUAGAAAAAGCGUCAUUCAUUACGAUCCAAUGACGCAUAUAACCUUAGAAAUAACGGUUGAUACAAUCAGCAACGAAAAAAUUUUAUAUUCGACAUUGCAUUCGAUAUAUGAAUUCCAGCAAGAAAAAAUGCUGCUAGGUUAUGCGAAUCCAUUCGCUUUGUUUUUGGGAAAAAUAUCGUGUUCCACGAUAUACAUGCAAAUAUUAAUUUCGUUGUUUUAAAGAUGGUGAUUUUGACGCGAAUAAUCGUCCGCGCUUUGGAACGCCGCGAAAGCCCGAAGCCGAUAAUUUGGAAGCGUUGCUGAAUAAAAACCCAUCGGAACGCAAGUAGAGCUUGCAAAACAGCUCGGAGCUGAUCAAGCAACGGCUUCAAGGCUGCAUGAAGUAGGAAAAAUUCAGAAACUUCGAAAAUGGAUGCCGCAUGAAUUGUCGCGAAACAGCAUUAAGGCCAUCACACACAAACGAACUUGAGCAGUAAGACGUAAAGUAAGCAAAUCGACCAAUCACAAUCGAAAUUCAAGGGCCCAUUUUAAAAUUUACGAGAAUAAUUGAUUGUGAUUGGUAAGUUUCUUUACUGCUUACGUCUUACUGCUUACGUUCAUUUGUGUGUGAUGGCCUUCAUCCGCCGUUUGAGUACAUGCGUUUCAUUGCUUUCCAGACGGCGCAAGAAAGACUUUUUAUCGAAAUUUGUUACUGGCAAUGAAAAGUGGAUUAUAUAUGAUGGUCCUAAGCGCAGAUAUUCGUGGGUGCAUCCCGAAUAAGCUUCUGAGUGACAAAAUCAAAUAUUCACAGCAAAAAGGUCCUUUUGUACUCGCUGGGAUACGAAAAGUUAUGUGCACCACGAAUCGUAGGCCGUGUUCCAAAAUUCACUGCCAGUACUGAAAACAUGUAAUUUGUGUCAAGCAAACUAUAAAUUUUCAGCGCUGGCAAUUUUGGAACACGGACAUAGUAAUGGUGGUGUUUGGAAAGUUCAACACCAACCUUAUAAAAUCACAAAACGGCGGGAAAAUAUUUCAAUUUAAAAUAAUUACAUCAUAGGACUGAAAAAGACUAAAACUUUUGCACACACCUAAUAUAUGUACAUAACAAAAACGACCGACACGCGAACGCGCAGGAGCAACUCAAAAAUAGCAUAUCAGCCGUUCAUGAAUUUAUAAUAAUAGCAAAAAUUGUCCCUUUAGGUUCGCUUCCACAAUUUACUUUAAACGGAGUUUAACUCGUUAAAUCCAGUUUAAAGGAAAUAGUACCACAAUUGCCAUAAACUUUGGUUACCGACUAUUUCCUGUUGUUAAAGUUGAACGCUGAAUUUCGGGCGUUUAAUGAACAAAGUUUAAUACUGCAGUGCCACCAAUUUCAAAGUCAAGGUAUCCAUCGUCCAGCUUUUUAGAGUUAUAUUGGUACAACAUCGCAGUCUAUCGAGCGUCGAAAGAUAAUAAACAAAUAACCUAUACAAAAAGUGAAGAAUAAAUUCAAUUACCAACCCCCGAAAAUUGUAAGAAAACGCUCAUCGUGGAGGAAUUCGAUAACGUCGAUUUUCAUGCGCGAUUUCGUUUAUCCAAAGAAUCUGUACUGUAGUGUUAAUAGGAAUCGAGUGAUGUUUUCGUCCUUACGUCCUGCCUCCCAUCCUACUUCCGACCAUUUAUUAUUAACCAAUCACAAUCCAUGUUUGAGAAGGAGAAAUCUUUAGGACUUUCUUCGUACAGACUAUAGGUUUACAUAAACUACAGUUAUAAAUACGAUGUGGAACGCCAUGCAAGUUUAAUGAUGUUAAAUGUAGCAGCCGUUCAGCUAAGCUUGGUUUAAAUUUGAACUAGGCCUUAGAGACAAUUAUAACGUUGAUGCAACAUUGUGAAACUCGAGCGCGCAGGUGUGCGUAGGCGCACACACACACACACACACACACAUUUAUAUAUAAUAUAUAUACACACACACACACAUACAUAUAUAAUUUCGUGCUUCUUUCUCUUUCUGUUUUCUUCGUCACAAUCAACAGCCGACGUGUACGAGGCGAUUAAUCGCGCGACGACUAAUCCUUUCGCGCUGGUCGCGCGACCGUCUUGUGUAGCGCAAUGCGUCGACUGUUUUUCUCACUUUGAAAAUAAAGCAUGUAUAUAUAUCAGCGUCGUACGACGCUCCUCUGAAACUCGACAUUCCUAGCGGCCGACGUCUUCUCUUCGGGCUGCCGAAUAUUAAUGCUAACAUCGCUCGCUCGCUUUCGCUCCCGGAUUAAUCCUGCGGGAUCCGCUCGAGAUACGCAUAAUGUAUCACUUAGUCGCCGCUCAUUCCGCUCAUUCGCGAGCCGCGGGCCGUUUCCGUCCCGGCCGGCCGGCGAAAUGGCCGCCCCGCUCGGCGGGCCGUUAUCCGCUCGGUGUUAAUGCACUCUGCGACGUGCAGCCGCGCCGUUUUCCCCUGCACCGAGACGUUAUUUGUCCGCGCGCCCAACCGCCCGCGCGAUACGUCACGUUAUGGUAAUCGACGACAGAUGCUUCGCAGCUUCUAAUUAGCCGCGGCUUCAUUGUUAGUCAUAGCUGUGCUGCUGCAGGGUGGAUAAUUCCUCUCUUCCUCCAUCGUAGUAACAGCGAGCUGCGCGUCCGAUUCAGGUCCUGGGCUCCGGGUCUUGUUCUCGCGCGCGACGCCGCCGUCGCGAAUGCCCUCGCCGUUGCGCGGCCACGACGCCCGUGCGUUCAUAUUCCUCGCGAACAUGCUGUCGCGAUCGGUGCUAGCCGACGGAUUCCCCUCGGCACACGACAUCGGGUAAGCAAGUGUCACGAUUUGAUGGUCCGCGACGAAGUUAGGUGCGAGAGAACUUGAGGAGAGCGCCGAGCGGCAGGCUGAGUCGCAGUUUGCUCGGCUUGCGACGGAGAUCUAUACCUCGGCUUUUGAUCGACGGAGUCGAUCCAUCGGCGCAAAACCCGCUUGGAUGCGGCAUAUAAAGCGAGACCGGCUGAGUGAAAUGUUACUUUCACUGCAAAGUCGAGAUCGGAAGAGUAGAAGAGUGGCGGUGUUCCCGCUGAAGAUCAGUGAAUCCCCGGGGAAAAAUGAUUUUACACGCGAGUCGUGUACGUACGUCUGGUCCCUUAGGGACUCUUAGGAACGCGUGUUCGAUCAUAUGUAAUCGUGUAUAUGUGGAGAAAGAUGUCGGAGAACGGAAAGAUCAAACAUAUAAGCAAUCAUUCGAUAGUCGUGAAACAUUGCUCUCAAUGUGGAUAUGCAGAGUGUUUAAUAUAAUGGGUUCAAGACCUUAAGUACGCACAAAGUGGAGGAAAACAGUCCUGAUAAACUCGGGUCAAAAAAUUAAUAUUGUCGGGAUUACGAGCAAUUAUCGAUUUUUCACUGAAGCAAGUAAGUAACCUACUCGCUUCUACAGAAAACUCUCGACGUAUCCUCUUCUUACUUCUACAUACGCUUCAUAUCUUCCUACCAUAUAAUUGCGAAUUCUUUCAGGAACUCUCGGCUUUGUUCCAACUAUUUGACAGGCAUUUCGUAUUCUCUGAUGUAAUUCGCCCAUGUCUUUAUCGAUGAAGAGUAUACCAUGUUCUUAAGAAAUCCCCAUGAAGAAGUCCAGGGGAUUUAAAGAGAGCGAGGGGGCCAUGAGGUCCACACCCUGUUCAACCCAUCUUUCACCGAAGAAUCUAUUUAAAUGUUAGACGAAUUACACCAGAGAAUAUAAAAUGCCUGUCAAAUAGUUGAAAUAGUCAAAGCCAAGAAUUUUUGAAAGAGUUCGCAAUUCUAUGAAAUGUAUGUAGAAUCGAGAGAAGGAUAUAGAGAAAAUCCCCUGUAAACUUUGUAAGCAAAACCCGAAGCGAGUAAGUCACUUGCCUCAAUUAAAGUAAACAAUUGUUCACAACUCCGACAAAUUAUUAAUAUUAAUUUUUCGAUCCAUAAGAACUUUUCUCCUCCACUUUGUGGACCAUAUUAUCCGUCCUUAAGAUUCUGAACCCUUUUCCUAGCCGGAACCACAACGUCGAUCCGACGUCGAUGAGGGUUGAAUGAACGUUGAUUCAACGUUUCAUCGACCAUUUCAACAUCAAAUUGACGUCAAAUCAACGAUUCUGAGUUUUUUAAACACCCUGUAUAAUCACGUAUGGCUAACAGGAGUCAAAUUUAUGUGCGUGUGUUUAUAUAAAUCAUUCUUUCCCCGGAUGCUUAAGAUGGUGAAGUGCCAGCAACAUUGGCUACGUUGAGAAAACAAAGCGCUUGUGAUUGUUAAUCUUUACCGUUAGGUCCUUACACUUAGACCAAUAACGUUGACGAAUCACUGCGUUGUGCAACCGCCGUGUUUCCCGAGCGCAGCCAUUGUUACCGAUUUACUUGAAGGGGCUUGGCGGGUCGCAUGUUCUCACUUUCAGGGCCGCCUCGAGAUGCUCCCUGCCCGUGACAGUGAUGGAUUUCAUACAUAAUUUCACUCAAGCCGACCUAGAAGCGACAUGGCCAUGCGAAGUACGCUUCUACUGGCUGUCGUUACAGCCGUUCGUCAGAUUCGUCCGCUUUUUGGUCGGCUACGUCACGCCGUUCAUCAUAAUACUCGUAUGUUGAGCACGCCCGUGCUAUGUGACUCCAAUUUGUCACUUUAUCUAAGGGCGCUCGCUAUAUCGGACAAUGGAGCGUUGAUUUUCAGUUAUGCCGUCAGCGUCGCGAGAUCGCACUCUACGCUCGUCAACGAUCUCUUUAUGAAUAGCAGGUUCUUGUGCAGUACAAGUUCCGUGAGCAUGGAGCUCUUUCAAUUCACGUCGACCUGGUUGGUAGUCGCUCUCACGUGGACGCGAGUGAUCGCGGUGACGUUUCCGUUCCGAACUCGCGGCUGCCAGAAUUGUUCGGCGGUUAUAACCAUCGCUACUUUGACAUGUAUCAGCUCAGUCAUAUCCUUGACGAAGCUGUACUCCGGAGGGUACGAAACCGACAGCGUUUUCGAAUUCAUACCAUGCCAGGAGAUGAUCAAGCCGUGGGGCAGCGCCAUGUACUUCUACAUAGCCCUAUCAACGUGGCUGCCCUUGCUUUUUAUAUUCGUCGGCAACUUGCUGUUAAUCAUUCGCGUGAGAAAGUCUAACAAAAUCCACAACGAGCUAACCCAUCAUUUCAGGUACAAAAGUAACAGAACGCACAAUUCCAGCCGGACGUUGCUCGCAGUGUCGAUAGUAUAUUUGAUCCUGUUACUGCCGCUCGGGAUCGUGGAGACGCUGGAGCUUUAUUGGGAUAUCAUUCUGAUCGAACACCCUGCGAAAGACGCGGAGACAAACGAGCGAUACAUACAUUGGUUGCAAGAGAAGAUGUUUCUCAAAUGGUGCCGCGGCCUGUUCUUCCACAUCUACCACUGGAACUUCGCGAUCAACUUCUUCCUGUAUUAUCUGACCGGGAAGAAAUUCCGCGGCGUCGUGACGCAAACGCUGAAAAGUUACACGGACUCGAAUCUACCGUGCUACAAGGGCAUCUUGAGAUGCAACACGUGGAACAAUUGUCACAAGCACCUUGCGACUGUGCGCUCCACGAGGGUGUUGUUGACGCGAGCCGUCACGCGAAACAAUCGCUUUAUCGACGCCAACGUAGCGCGAGACAACGCUGACGAGAGAAUCAGCACUAACGUUUAGCCGCAUGCGAGCGAAACUCUUUGACGCUGUACGGCUCGUACUUGCAGUUUAUUACAUAGAAGGUAAAUAGAUGUCCGACCUGAUAUACAUCUAAUUAUCACUUGUAGAUUAUUUUAUACAUACAUAUAUAUAUAUAUAUAUCUUUUUUUGCCUAUUUCUGAAAAUAACUGUUAGAUACGGUAAAUUCUAUUUAUUCUUACUAGUUCGUUUUUGUAUACAUACUUGUGUGUACGUGUGUAUAAUGUGUGUACGUGUGUGUGUGUGUGUGUGUGUGUCUCCGUGUCGUUUGCGAAAUGUUUCCUUUUCUCUAUUAUUAAACAUUGCAAAAUAUCACAUUGCGUAUUAGGCGUUUCUUGCAUAAUAGCGUAGUUCUCCAGAGAAUUAAAUAGCUACUACUUAUAUACAUGUAGAAUAUCUGUUAUUACAUUUUGAAUAUAACUUUU